AUGGUGGAUGUGAAGUGCCUGAGUGAUUGUGAACUGCAGAAUCAACUGGAAAAGCUUGGAUUUUUACCGGGCCCAAUACUACCGUUUAAUGUCCUUUUGAAAGAAAAACUCAAACUCUCAACAGAAAAAUGCAAGGAAACCAAAAAAAGACCCAAGAUUGCCAACAUUAAAACAAAAGCAGGAGACUUCUACUACUGCGGUAGGAAGAUUCCCAAGAGAUUAAGGAGCGCUGCAAGAGCACCGCAGACCAGGAUCAACCUUGACACUGUCAGCGAAGAUUGUCUGUGCUCUGCACUGAGCCACGGGAUGACUCAGGAGUGUGAUGAGUGCUGUUUCCCCAUGGGCUUGAAGCUUGCUAUCCUUGGCAUCCUCCUCAUUGUUGUAUUUGUCUACUUAACUGUGGAGAGAGAACCACUCUUUAGAUAA